AUGCUGGGAAACCGUUCUGCAUGCAUUUCGUCGAAAGACAGUGCGUGCCGAUGCUUUGGGUGGCUUAUCUCGAAGAAGAGGUUCAUUUACACGCUGGCCGACGACUGCUACCGUUUGAAAGGCUUUCCAGCUCCAGGAUUGGAGUUGGAUCCGGUGCUGAAGCACAUUCAGAAUCUUCAGAGGCCAGCAACACCACUUCACUUUAACACUCUUUGCGACCCGUUUGAGGACUCCACGGAUUUUGUCCGUGGUUAUCCUUUCAGUCUGCGGGAGGGUGUCAGGACUGUAAUAUCUCACGGUCUCUGGCUGAAUAACCCCGACUACGAUGCCCCGACUCAGCUUGUCAAGCCGAACGAGCGCAAUCUUCGCUAUGUAGACUGCGUGCAGACCAUUCCCAAAGGUGUUUUGUUUCCUAUGUCAGGAUUCAACCUCGCUUUUGACCGUGAGAUCAUUGGCCCCGCGAUGUACUUUCCUCCCAUUGGUGAAGGACAACCUUUCGGCUUUCAUGAUGACAUGUGGGCUGGAUGGUGCUCGAAGGUUAUAUGCGACCAUUUGCGGUACGGUGUGAAAUCAGGGCUUCCCUACGUUUGGAGGCAGAAAUCCGGAAAUGCGUUCGCCUGCUUGAGGAAGGAGUACAAGGGCAUUUUCUGGCAAGAGGAGAUUGUACCAUUCUUCCAAUCCAUGCAGCUACCUGCUGAAGCUACAACGGUGGAGGCAUGCUACCUGGAAAUCGCCAAACAGGUGAAGGAGAAGCUUGGCAAAGCUGAUUCAUCUCUUAACAAGCUGGCAGAAGCCAUGGUUACCUGGAUAGAUGCAUGGAAGACUAUGAAUUCUUCCUCAACACCUCCACCUGAGGUUGAUCACUGA